GUGUUAUUCAGAGUAACUUCCUGCCAGGGCUCCUUCUCCCCGCCCCUUUCCACUUCCCUGUGUUUACAUUUCUCUGUCACUUCCUGCAGCAGUGCCUUGGAGAGAGAGAGACCUGGAGGGGAAAAUCUCCAAGCUGCGAUAUCUCGAUUUGCUUCUGAAGGUUUUUCCAGUCCAAGUGCUCUAACUGUCGGCGGCCAUGAAUCACAGUUAGUAAUCCAUUUGGAGAAGUCAGACACAGCAGCCAAGGGAAACCAUGGCAAGAACAGAUGAAGCGGAUGCCUUGGAUCUCUGCUUCAAGUCUGCAUUAGUGCUGGAAGAGAGGAUGAAAGUGCAAGACUUUGCAGCAAAAAGAGGCAGAGAAAACAUGCAUGCCAUUGGCACUGGGAGUGACCUGGGAUUCGGGGGGGAAAUGGUCUCAAAGACUCUGGAUAAGGAUAAUAUGGAUGCAUUCCGACAGUUUCUCUACGAAGAGGCCAAGGGGCCUCGAGAAGUUUGCCAGAGUCUCUGGGAGCUUGGCCUUCAGUGGCUGAAGCAGGGGCAGAACAUGAAGGAGGAGAUUCUAGUGAUCUUGGAGAAGCUCCUGGCUGUCCUCCCCUUGGAGAUGAAGACCUGGGGCCCGGUGACCUUCGAGGAAGUGGCCGUGAAGUUCUCGGAGGAGGAAUGGGCUUUGCUGGAUCUGAGCCAGAGGGCUCUGUACUGGGAAGUCAUGUUGGCAAAUUACCAUACUGUGUCCUCUCUGGCCACUCUGUUGAUCUCCAGACCUGACUUCAUCUCCCAGUUGAAAGAGGAGGAAGAGCCAAGGGAAGAGUGUGCAGAGGAAGGGGCAAGAUUGACAGGGAAUGACCAAGUUGAGGAGAAUGAAGAUGAGAACGGCCAGCCAGAAAGAUCCGAGCAGGUGGACAAUGGCAGGGAAACAUCACAGGAAGAGACUGAAGAGAAUGAUUUGCAGGGUCUUAACAUUAGUGUUCCUGACUGCUCUCAAGAGUGGGAAGGCCCAUAUGGAUGUUCCAAGUGUGGAGAAAGCUUCAGUGAUCAAUCCCUCCUCCUUGAGCACAGAAAAUCUCAUCCAAGAGAGAAGCGAUUCAGCUGCUCUUUAUGUGAAAAAAUGUUCAAUAAGAAGGUAUAUCUAACUGCACAUGAAAGAACUCACACAGGGGAGAAGCCCUUCAAAUGCCUCGACUGCGGCAAAAGUUUCAUGAGCCACGUGUACCUUAUCAUCCAUAGGAGAAUCCACACAGGAGAGCGGCCCUUUCCGUGCCAUGAAUGUGGCAAAGGGUUCAUUAAUAAACAGGCCCUGAGUAAACACAAGGUUGUCCAUACAGGAGAGAGGAAAUAUCUAUGCACUGUGUGUGAUAAGAGGUUUGCCCAUAAAAGUGACCUGGUGAGGCAUAGAAGGAUCCACACAGGGGAGAAACCAUACAGCUGCCCCACGUGCGGGAAAGGUUUUAUUCAGAAAGCGUGCCUCAUUGAGCAUGAGCUGAGCCAUCGCAAAGACCAACCGUAUGUCUGCUUGGAGUGUGGCAAGAUAUUCAAACGGAGAAAAGGCUUCUUUUCACACAUGAGGAUGCAUAGGGGAGAGAGUGUGCCAGAAUCCACCAGGAACAAUGAGGAAUCUGUUGUUACAAACAGCAAAACCCUGGCCAAAGAGAAAUUGCACCCAUGCCCAGCUUGUGGCAAAAGCUUCAAAUCGAGAUGCCACCUUCUCCUUCACCAGAGAACCCACACAGGAGAGAAACCCUAUGAAUGCUCCGAAUGUGGGAAAAGCUUCAGUCAACAGUCGUCCCUCUACUCGCACCAAAAGGUCCACACAGGCGAAAAGCCCUUUUUAUGUACCCAGUGCGGAAAGAGCUUCCGUAAUAAAAGCAAUUUAGCCCGGCACCACCGAAUCCAUACGGGUGAGAAGCCGUUCAUGUGCCAAGUGUGUGGGAAGAGCUUCAGCCAGAAGGCUUCUGUAGUAGCGCACCAGACAACUCACAGCAAAGACAAACUCUAUUCGUGCCCUGACUGUGGGAAGACCUUCAAGCUGAAAGUGUCCCUCCACGUACACCAGAGAACCCAUACGGGCGAGAAGCCCUAUAAAUGCUCCAGGUGUGAGAAACGAUUCAUUGGACAUUCCCUGCUGAUACGGCACGAAAAGACACACACAGGUGUUUCAUCUUUGGACACAACCCAAAUAAUUCUGCCUGUUUCUGAGCUGGCCAUGGAAACGACAGAAUCUACAGAGAUAUGUAUAGCCCCUCGUCAAUACCAGGUGAAUGCGGAUGGUGAGUUAUUUCUUGUGCAAACUUCUGCAUAAAUCUGGAUCAUCUUCAUUGGAAACUAAGCUUCGGUAAGAUGGGAAACAUGUCUCUUUCUGGUACAGAACUCAAUUACAUUGGUAAGAAAAGAAACUGAAAUCUUAUUACCCAUGUAAAAAUCAAGCCAGGAACACUCUAUGUUUUAGGUCAAUGUGGUCCAACCUUUAGUUACCCAAGGGCCAAUCAAACUAUUUUAAAAGUUUGUAUACAUUGAAACAUGAUAAAGCGAAGGACUCACCAUCUCAGCCAAAAAUUUGGACAAUUUGGGAUUUUAGAAAAGGGCAAUUCUGGAGAAGGGAAGCUAGAGAUGUGAAAAAGUGACUUUUCUGUUUUUUGGAGCAAGUAAAUUAAAAAUGAAAACAAAUCUUCAUUUUCUUGCAGGUUCCAUGAUCAAGAUGGUCUGGAAAUGGAAGUUGUUUGAUGUUUUUGUAGUUUUAAUGGAUUUAAUCUACAGUUGUAUGUAUUUUAUUUAGAUAUGUUAUAUAUUUUUAUAUAUUUGUAAGGCAUUGAAUUUUGCCAUUUAUUAUGUUGUAAACCGCUUUGAGUCCCCCCAGGGGUGAGAAAAGCGGUAUAGAAAUGCAGUUAAUUAUUAUUAUCAGAAUAUUCCUCUUUGCUUAUUUUCUGUAUCAUAUUUUUUGUUAUACCAGUCUACAUCAAAACAUAUUGAAAGCUGUUUAUAGUUAAAUCCUUCCUUUUAAAAAAAGCAAUAACAUAAUGUAAAACAUAUAAGAGGGGGAAGGGAGAGAGAGAGAGAGAGAAUAUAUCUUGUAUUUAUAUAUUUCUCAAAAUGUGUCUGUUAUUUCCCAACCAGAUGCUCUCCAUAACAAGAAUAUGGAAAGGGGCGUGUGUGUGGGUUUAAAUUCCAGCUUUCAGCCAUUGCUAGUUGGAGAGUUUGGAGGUUUUCGGCCAGAAAUGCAGAUAUUCUAAACCUCACCCUGAACUUCAGACAGUUUGAGAAAAGCCAGUAUCAAUGAAUAGAAGCAAAGAUGGAUAUGAAAUCAAUCCUUCACCUUUAAAAUAUAAUUGUUUGAAUGAAACAAUUUAUUAUAUAUAGACUAAUAGAAGCCAGGAUGGAGGUGAAAUUAAUCCUAUAAUAGUUUGAAUGAAAAUUUUUAUGUCUUUCUGGAUGUGUCUCCAUUGUAGAAUUAGAGUUGUUUGAUACUACUUUGGCUGCCAUGGGCCAAUGCAAUGGAAUCAUGGGAGUUGUAGUUUUACCAGAACUUUAGCCUCCUUUGCCAAAGAGUGAGUGUUGGUACCUCACCAAACUACAACUCCCAGAAUGCCAUAGCAUUGAGCCAAGGCAAUUUAAAAGUGCUCUCAAACUGCAUUCGUUCUACAGUGGAGAUGCACCUCUAGCAUGAACCUUAAGAACUAUUCAUUGAGCAGGACGGAUAAUCUAUGCAGCAUAUACUGCAGCUUACAACUCAGGAGCAUUAGUACAUUAUGUUCAUCUUGCCUGUGUAUCCCACCAUUAUGGUCCUCAUGCAAAACCAAUUAUUCAAUGGAGAUGAAGCCGAUCUCCACCCGUCCAGUUUUCUUUAUUAUUAGUUUCCAUUCAGUUUGAACAUGCUGUAGAAUUAAUGCAGUCUGACGCCACUGUAACUACCUUAGCUCAAAGCCAUAGGAUCCUGAGAAUUGUGUCUUUGGCAGAUAAGGUUGAAGACAAUUCCCAGGAUUCCAUAAUAUUGAACCAUGGUAGUUAAAGAGGGUUCAAAGUGCAAUAAUUUGGCAGUGUGGAUGCACCCGUAUUCAUGCAUAAGAUAAAGCAUUCCCUAGCUCUCAUUUGAUUUAAUUUUCUUUUAACUUGAUUUGUGGGAUGCUGCUCUUAAUACUUCUAAUUAUUUUUGUAUAAUGGUCAGAGUUUAUUUUGGAUUGCAACCUCUUCGACUAAAUAAACCGAUGUCGUCUGCA